GACAUUUAUCGACGUCUACCAUGGCCAGCAAGAUAGAUCUUCAAGACCACACCAUUCUCGUUCUUCCGUUCACCCCUUCCUUGCUUCGGGAUCCCUCUCCUCUCUACUCGCCCAUCCUCGACAUCCUUCCGCGCUCUUCAAAGAAAUCAUUUACUGUCUUCUUUUCGACCCCCGCUGGUGCCAUCUCCUCCGAACAGUCAGCUAUCCAGUCUAUCUCAGGUGUAGGAUCCAAUCAAGAACAGCUUUACAGCUUAUUGAGAAGAGCGCCGCAAGAAUCUUUCAAAGCCCUGCAGAGUUUUUUGGGUCAUAUAUACACGGCACUUUGGACGGCACAGUGGAAGUGUGAAAACGUGCUGUUGGACGUGGAGGUGCAUUUUGAGGGAGAAAGCGGGGAGCUAGAUGCCAAGCUGUUAAGAGGUAAAGAUGGAGAGGAAGAAUACCAACUGAUAAAGGUGGAAGGAGUGCAAGAGACCGAUCUUGUUGCUUCGUUAGACCAAAUAAUCCCUUCUCCAUUUACCUCACUGUCAUUACCUUACGCCACUCUUUCCUCACACCAGUCCGAGCCUUACAUACUAGAAGAAAGACAGUCCCCCGGUUUCCCAGUCGUUGCUUUGGGAGGCACAUUCGACCGUUUACAUGCCGCCCAUAAACUCUUACUCCAUCUGGGCUAUUUUUUGGCUAGAGAGAAGCUCAUUGUGGGGGUGAUGGCAGACGACUUGUUACACACCAAAACUCGCGCGGAUCUCGUCCAGCCAUUAAACCAACGGCUAGACGGUGUCAAUGCCUUCCUUGGCCGUUUGGGUGAUGGCAGUAUAAAGCUAAAUGUCGUAGAGAUUCACGAUGCUCUUGGACCUACCAGGUCUGAUCCAAAUGUUCAAGCACUCGUCGUAUCACGUGAGACUCUGUCAGGCGGUGAGUAUGUCAAUUCGACGCGCAAAGAAGGUGGUUUGCAAGAGCUCGAGUUGUUUGUGGUAGAUGUUAUUGCAGAAAAUGGGGAUGUGAAUUUGAAAGAAGAGAUGGACGAAGGCAAGUUGAAGAAGAUGAAGAUGGGGAGUACUGGGGUGAGAAAUUGGAUUGCGGAAAGGGGGACGGGUGAACAAGACAGAUAAGGAGACAUUGGUGGAUACACUAAUAAAUGCAAAUCAAUGCUACCG